AUGAGCACGUUAGAUGUCGAGAGGAAGGAGGUUGGGGAGCCAGCUUCAGACGCCAACACCAUGGUAGAGAAGCGCGAGAACGACACCGAGAAUGAAUCUUUACAAACACUUGAAGCAGACGGACAACUGCCAGAGGACCAACUAUCCCCAGACGACUAUCCCAAAGGACUACAAUUCUUCUUCAUUCUUCUAGCUCUAAUACUGUCCAUUUUCAUGGUCGCGCUGGACUUGACAAUUGUCGCAACCGCGAUCCCAAAGAUCACAGAUGACUUCCACAGCGUCUCCCAGAUCGGGUGGUACGGCUCAGCCUUCUUCCUAACAGUUGCAUCUUUCACCUCGCCCUGGGGAAAGGCUUUCAAGUACUUCCCUCUGAAAUGGACCUACCUACUGGCCGUCUUCAUCUUCGAACUAGGAAGUCUCAUAUGUGCCGUUGCUCCGAGUAGUACGGCCCUGAUCGUUGGACGUGCCAUCGCCGGUUUGGGCGCUGCUGGAGUUGCAUCUGGAGCAUUCAUUCUCGUCGCGUUUAUUGCCCCCCCAGACAAACGACCAGCUUAUCUAGGACUUAUCGGUGCCUCCUACGGGAUCUCAGCGGUUAUUGGGCCGUUACUUGGUGGGGUGUUUACUGAGAAAGUAUCCUGGAGAUGGUGCUUCUAUAUUAAUCUCCCAGUUGGCGGUCUCGCCGCUGCUAUUCUUGUCAUCUUCUUCAAUCUGCCAGCGCAUGUCAAGCCCGCAAAGGCGACACUCAAGGAAAAAUUCCUUCAGAUGGACCCGAUCGGCAUCAUACUCAUCAUGGCCGCUGUCGUCUGUUAUGUUCUCGCUCUGCAAUGGGGUGGAGUAAACAUGCCAUGGAGCUCCUCGAAAGUCAUCGGUCUAUUCGUCGGCUUCGGUCUCCUUCUAAUCUGCUUCGGGAUUGACCAAUACCUCCUCGGCGAGCGUGCGAUGCUUCCAAAACGGCUACUAAAGAACCGCUACAUUUGGCAAGGCAUGGCCUACGCUUUCACCAUCGCGGGCUCGUACUUCCUCGUCCUCUACUUCCUCCCCAUCUACUUCCAAGUUAUCGACAACGUCUCACCCAUCCAAUCUGGCGUGCGCAAUCUCCCCCUCAUCCUCGCUAUCACCCUCGCCACUAUUGUCUCGGGCAUCGGCAUUACCGUCACAGGUCGCCCCAUGCCAUUUAUGAUCAUCGGCGGCGUCCUCGGUUCCAUCGGCAUCGGUCUCCUCUACACUCUUACUAUCGGCUCCUCCUCCGCUGCCUGGAUAGGAUACCAAGUCCUGGUCGGCCUGGGACUUGGCCUCGGCUUCCAGGUCCCUGUCUCAGCUGUCCAGGCUACGCUCCCGCAAAUCGACAUCCCCACCGGAAGCGCUAUGAUCAUCUUUGUCCAGACUAUCGGCGGUGCAUUCCUCGUCUCCGCAGGCACAUCUGCUUUCCAAGCAAAACUAACUUCUUCCCUCCAAGCAUCGGACACGAAUAUCAACCCGAUCACCGUCAUUGGCACAGGAGCGACGGAUAUCAGGAAUGUGUUCUCGCCAACGGAUUUGCCGUUUAUUUUGAGAGCGUAUGUGAAGGGUAUUCAGACUGCGUUUAUUGUGGCGGUCACAUUGGCUUGUGCGUGUACCCUGCUGGCUUUUGCGACGAAGUGGCAGAAGCUUCAAGGGCCGGACGCGGGAGGGGAUGUUGAGGGGGCGAUGGCGGAUGGAGAGAACGCUGAGGCGAAGGCAGCGCAGGAUGCUAAUAAAGCUUGA